AUGUCAAAACCGCCCGCAACGCCCAUUUUGCGUAGCGAAGAGAAGCGCUAUUUAGGAAUGCAGUCUCCCAACACGCCAACACCCAUCCUGCUGCACGACCCCAUCGUCUUGUCCCGCUCCCCCAGCGGGGUUUCCCCAACGCUCGCGCCAGAAUGGUCGUACAACCGCGAUACUGACGCACACGACUCUGCUCCUUCGCAAGCAAAUGAAGAGCUUGUGAGUGAUAGAGAUGCGUCGCUAGGUACACACGACGCCGCUCAAGCGUGGUCGCCUGUUCCCCACCUGCAAAUGUCACCCAUUGUGCAAGGACCUACACUGGACACGGAGCUCUCUCCCCGCUUCUUCCAGCGAGACUACGACACGUACAGCCUUACUUCAACAGAUUCGAUCCCAAGCACGCCCCUACGCACCGGAAGCCAUAUCUCGCCGCUGCCGCUGGCCGUAAGCAGUGUCCAUCACGGCACAGGAUGUCUUGCCAUUGUGCACAAAGAAGCAGAAGCAGCGGAAAAAGUCUUGCCCAGCACGACGCAUCUGUCAAUGACACAUUGUGCGCUGCCGUUAAAUGCCUACCAUAUUUUACAAGUGCCCGCGACGCUGCUCGUACUGGACCUAAGCUGUUCCCAGCUCUUGGCACUUCCCCCUGCACUGGCCGCUUGUACGAUGCUGGAAGAGCUGAACGUGUCGAACAAUGAUUUAGGGUUCGCAAGUGCCUUGGAGGAGCACGCCCAAUGGUCGCCGCUCAGUGCGCUACAGCAGCUGCGUGUCCUCCUCGCGGACGACUGCGGCCUGACAAUGCUUCCUGCUGGCAUCAUGAGCCUGUCGCGAUUGCAAGUGCUCGGUGUGCGCCAAAACUAUUUAAAUGCGCUGCCAACGUGGAUGCAUGUCUUGCAGAAUUUGGAGUGUCUCUUGUUGGAUCGGAACAGGUGUACAAAUAUUGCGUGGGAUGCCAUCACAGCGCCGCUCAUGGAAGACGCGCGCGCUACGCGAGACAUGGCGCCGUCCCCGAGCGACACACAGCCGCAAGAACAGCCCCAGAAGUUUUUGCAAAAAGCGUUUCGCUGGUACCCAAAACGAGCCGAUACCAAAGACACUGCACCAUCCAUGCCACGGGGCACAGCUCACUUUGCGACUGCGAUUGACAAUAUGCGUGCAGGGACGCUGUCGUCCUCGAGCGAUGGAAAGCGCCGUGUCUUGUCCAAGUCCACACUCUCUAUUCGCUCCUCGCUCAUGACGGGCGGGUCGCCCAGUCCCGUUUCCCAGCGCUCGUACAGCGCAAAAGACACCGCACACCACUUUCCAGGACACCUUUUUUUGACUGUUUCGGCAUCCGAGCACAAGAUUCGAGCCUUGCUUGGCUCCUUGCCCCAAACACCGAUGCAGCCCGAGCAGUUUACUCAAAGUCUGCACCUGUGUCUCUUGGCCAAUACGCCCGGCGCGAGCGCGAGCCAUCCAGGGAGCGUGUUUGUCGGUGGUCCGUACGUAAGCUACAUGCCACAACCAGUCUACGAUACACAGGAUUGGCCAUCGGACGCUUUGGACGCGCGGAAGUUUAUCCCCUGUUUUUUACCCGUCUCGAGCAAGCAGGACGCGGCGCAUCCGUACUGCGUAGCUACCGAGCAUACGCCCUAUGUGCGCGGCUUGCUCGGAUAUUUGCGCGACUUGGACUCUCUUUGCCCCGAGCACCAAGUCGACCAACUGUGUACCUCUCCGCCCACAGCUCAAACGCCACUCACGCCAGCGACGCCUAUGACGCCCGGCACGCCCGGCACGCAAUACGGCGGAGCGUCGCUGAAAUCUCCUUUUGGUCUGGUCGAUGCCCACGGCGACUUUGGCUCGCUCGAGUACGCACAGCACCGCGAACCUACAUGGCGUCUCCAGCGCCACCGCAUUAUCCAGGAAAUUAUCGAUACGGAGCGGACGUAUGUCACUGGGCUUAAUGAAAUUAUGGAUAUUUAUGUGAAACGCGCGCGGCAGCCGUUGGAAGGCAGCAACAGCGACGAGCGCGUACUGCCCUUGUCCAAAGAGCGCGCUGUAUUUGGACACAUUGAAGGGAUUGUCUACUUUCACACGCGCGCCUUUCUUCCGUCUCUGGAAGAGGCCGCGGCGCCGGUUUUGUCCAUGGGCUCGGACGCCAAUCCCGACAUACACACCAACACGACUGCGCAAGCCGCUGCAAGUAUUGCCAAUGUGUUUAAGCAGCACACCGCCUACUUUAAGAUGUACAUGAAUUACGUGAACCAGUCGGACUCUGCAAUGCGGCGCAUUGCGUACUGGUCGGAAGCUACGCCCAACUUUGGGCGCUCCAAGCUGAAGCCAGCGAUGGAGAGUGCCGGCGCGACAUUUUCGCAGCUUGCCUCCUUUCGCAAGCUGCAGCUGGGCGGCCAGGGCGUGGACGGAGAGCAUGGAAAAGGUUACUUUGAAAAGCGGAACGGCAUUCCCACAUCGCGGCGCAAGCAGAUUCAAAGCUACCUGCGCAUCUGCCGCCAGGAUCCGAGGCACUCGCAGAUUAGCCUGGAAGGCUACUUGUUGUUGCCCAUCCAGCGCAUUCCUCGGUACCGUAUGCUCCUCGAGCAGCUUUUGCGCUGCACACCGAGCUACCUGCUUCCUGUCGGCGAGUCUGACGUAAUUGCGCACGCACUUGCGCACAUCAACCUCGUCGCGUCGUGGGUCAAUGAAGGCAAGCGGCAGUCAGAGCAAGGCCACCGGCUCUAUUUAUGGCAGAGCAAGCUGCGCGCCCAUUCUCCGGUACAGCUUGUCCAGCCCCAUCGCAGACUGGUGCACGACGGCGCAUUGCGUCUUGUCCGCGUUGCAAAAUGCGCGAGUGUGGGAAACGAGCCAGGCAACACAGGCUUGCUCCAGCAGACCUUGCUGGACCAACCCGUGCAAUUGCUACUGUGCAACGACUUGGCGAUCGUGAUUGCCUUGUCUGGAUUAGAGGCGCGCGAAAGCGAGUCCCUAGACCAGGAGACACAAGGCUCGGCAGACCUCGACGGCGUGGAAUGCGCCGCGGUGAUUGCUGUCUUCAAGCCCAUGGCGAGCUGUACGCCCAACGCCGGCUUUCCCCUUCCGUCCCCCCCCGCGUCCAUUACGGGCUGCAUGCAUUUCCGUGUACUCGACCGAAACUAUGUGUUUUAUUUUGCAGCUAGUACACACCGCGAUGCCAUGCGCUGGUGCGACCUUUUCAACACACAGUCGUAG